GGCGUCUUCGAGGGCGUCCGCGGCGAGGCAUGGGCAGUGCCCGCCGUGGGCAAAGGGGAGAACGGGGAGGCCAUCGGGCCCGAGACUGUGCUGCUUCUGGUUUCCCACGCCACACUUAUCGAGGCCGCGUACGAGGCGCAGAGGCGUCAACCUCAGAACAAGUUCGUCAUCCGAACGAUGGAGGCUGGCGUCCUUGUGAAGAUCUUCGUGUGUUGGUCACCUACCCGCAUUCUGGUCUACCUGCGUGAUCUCCACAAUCAGUUCCACGCUGGGGCGGCAAUGUCAUUUCUUGAGAAAUACGUCCAGUCCCGCGACUGCGAGAAGGAGUGGACUGAUUACAUGAAGGAGAACAACAUGGUUGCGCGUCAGAUGCCGACAUCUGGCCCCAACACAUACCUGAAGGAGUAUUGGCGCUGGCUGAACAAGUACCAUCAGGGCGAAUUCCAUAAUUGGCCGCAGUUCAAGGUCGCCAAGACUUUCAUGCGCGACAUGGUCACGAGGAAGUUGUACAGCACGUGGAGCUCCAAAGUGUCUGCAGAGUGCGACUUCGCGCACCCUGCCCUGCAGACGCCAGACGUGCUCUGCAUCAACAAGGAGGUGUUCGACGUGAUCACCAGCUUCAGCGACGCGAUCCCCAGGGAGUACUUGGACUCGCUGCUGGCCCAGUGCCUCCGUUUCGCGUACCCCGUGGUCAUCGAGGGCGAGGGUGAGCGUUGGCUGUUCGGUGCGGCGCGGGCGAAUCAGGGAGACGACGAGGAGUGGAUCUUCAGGAACAAGAAUGGCGUCGAUGCCAAGCUGAAGUUGCUGAAGUGCCCGAUGGGCGGGAGCGUGGCUUACGUCCAGGCCAGCAAGAAGGGCGGCCAGAAAGAGAGGGCGACGACCUCUGGCCCGAGCGGAGGCAAGGGAGUCGGCAAGGCAGCCGCCGAUAAGGGCAAGGGCAAGGGCAAGGUCAAGAAGACGAAGACGAAGGCGGCUGAGGCGAAGGGCAAGGCAAAGCCUAAGGCGAAAAAGGGAGCAAGCAACAAUAAGGCGAUGGACAUCCUGCGCGAAGAGACCCUCGACGCAGGUGUCACGCUGGUGGAGGGCCACGGCGCCCAGGGAGAGGGCGCCAUGGAGAUCGCUGAUGAGAUUGUCGGCGAGAGCGACCUCAUGGACAUCGAGGAUUCACCAGAGCUCCCCGUGGUCUUGGCCCAGCCUGAAGCCGAGGUCGCCAACCGCGGGAAGCUCUUCCUGGGCGAUCUCUACAGCAUGAUCGCGACGGUGCUGAGGCACGUGCCAACCGACAUGCAGGAUGAAGCAGCUAUCGCGCUGACUUUCAAGGAGGAGAUGUACUUCGCCAUGCAGGGCCAAGCGCUUGACUUAUUGGACCGCCAGAUCGCGGUGAACUGGAGGGUGUAUCAGGAGUCCCUGAAGCGCAAAUUGGCGGCCAAGCACCUGUCCAGGGCACCGGCAGUGACAGCGCUUGCCGAGCUGGCCAACUCUGAGUCGCAGGGCGGGGGCGACGUGGCAACGCGCCGCGAGCUAGCCAUCGCCCACGAGACAGCCAAGAAGAAGUGCCACGACAAAGCCAUCCAGGAACAGACCGAUGCGCACAUCGCCAUUUUGAAGACAGAGGACGAGGCGGGGUCUAACGGCGCGGCCAAAACGUUCCUGAUUCAGAAUAACAUGGACUUCCCAGUUACAAUGCACCAGUGCUUCAACACCAUUGCCACCAGUUUGCUUCCGAGGCUUUUUGAUUCGGCGGAUGCCAAGCUUAAGGAGAAGGCUGCAGUUCUUCACUUGACGAUGACCGACGUCCUCUCGCACCUUGC